CCAACCUGCAACAGUCACUAUGCCGUACUUUGCUACAAGUGCCGAGUGGUACGAGCAGUCGUCGCUACUGCUAAAAGCUCGCCCAACAACUACACGCAUCACCUCCAAAUACUCUGUCCACAAGCCCACAGCUGCCAAGAUCAAGAAGCGACAAAAAUAUGAGGAGAAGAAAGCAUCGCGGCCAGUAGACAAGGCGCGGGACUCAUCACCACAACCACAAUCGCAAGACGUGGAAGAAGUAACGGCCACCUUUACGCUGAAAACAUACGACCCAGAGUCUGGAACAUGUCUGCAAUAUGAGACCAACAAGGGCGCCGAGGUUGGAAGGCUGAUUGGAAACCUAGGAAGGUUAGGGAGGCAUAUGGCAGCGCUACCGGAGACUACAGAAGAUUUGAGCAUGCCAGCGGGCGGUGAGGGCGCGGCAACACCGCAGGUUGACGAGGGCGGCGACGUCAAAAUGGGUGGCACAGCACCAGAUGCAAAGGCCAGUGCAGGAACAGGAGGAAAGAAGAAGAAAAAGGGCAAGAAAUGAAUAUUAUGCGUUGAGAAGCAUUCAAAACCACACUAUACCAGCUUGGCGUCAAGACUUGAAGACGCCGCGAAUUCGAUGUAUGAAGACCGCACAUUGCAGGAAACCUGAAAAAUGGGCAGUUACGGUACUGGCACUUGUAUAUCAGAGACGACGCGAGUAGCGUAUGACUACAGAAUCGAAGAUACCCGUCCCC